CCCCAACUCUGGCAGUGCCCAAGUCCAGGCUGGAUGUGUCCCCGCAGUGGGGCAGCUCAGAUGUGGCCAACUGUGGAGCAGUGCCAUCUGUGAUCCCAGCACCGCCCUCCUCCUGAGCUGCCUCUAAAAGCGCUGCUGAGCUGCACAGCGGUUCCAGCCCCGGCCCUGCUGUGCAGGAGGAGAGCAGGAGCAGCACAGUGCAGCAGUCAGACCUGGGGACACAGCGCAGCGCUGCUUCGGCUCCCGGUGUGAGUGAGCUUUUCCAAUGGCUGGAAUCCCAAUCAAAGGAUCCCAGCUGGGGAUAUUGCUGGUGGGCAAGACGGGGAGUGGGAAGAGUGCGACAGGGAACACCAUCCUUGGGAAGAAGGCAUUUGAAUCUACGGUUUCGCUAUGUUCAAUAACCCUGGACUAUGAAAAAGCUGAGAGUGACUUCCAGAGAAGACCAAUUGUUGUUGUUGACACUCCUGGUCUUUUUAACACUAGAGGAGUCACUCUACAAGAAACAGCUGAAAAGAUUGGAAAUGCCCUUCGGAAUUUCUAUGGUGGGGUCCAUGCCAUCGUCCUGGUGAUGCAGCUGAGCCAGGUCACUGAAGAAUGCAAGCAAGUGGCUGAGUGGGUGACCAAGAUUUUCCAUGCUGAAGCACACAGGUACACCAUCCUGUUAUUCACCCGAGCAGAAGAUCUACAGAAGCCCGAAGAUCUGAAAGGUUUAAUCGAAGACAACAAAUUCCUCAAGGAGCUGGCAGCCAAGUGUGGAAAUCGGUACAUCGGUUUCAGCAACAGAGCCACUGGGGAGGCGAGGGAUCGGCAGGUUGCAAAGCUCAUCAACAUGAUUGAUGCCAUGGUAGAGAAGAAUCGCAGUGCUCCGCGUUACACGCGAGAGAUGUUGGAGAAACAUGAAAAGAAAUCUCCUGAACAGGCUCCCGGUGUGAGUGUGAGCGCUCUCCCGAUGGCAGGACGUCGCAGAACAGGAUCCAAGCUGAGCAUCAUCCUGGUGGGCAAGACGGGGAGUGGGAAGAGUGCGACAGGGAACACCAUCCUUGGGAGGGAAGCAUUCACUUCUGCACUGUCAGCACAGUCGGUAACCCAACAGUAUGAAAAAGAAGAAGGCUUCUUCAGUGGUAGAUCAGUUGAAGUUGUCGACACUCCUGGCUUUUUUGACACUAAGAAAGUUAACGAGAUAACAGCUGGAAUGAUUAAGAAUGCCUUUAAGAAACUCUAUGCAGGUGUCCAUGCCAUCAUCUUGGUGAUGCAGCUGGGCCAAGUCACUAAGGAAGAGAAGGAAGUGGCUCAGUGGGUGACCAAGAUUUUCCAUACUAAAGCACAGAAUUACACAAUCCUGUUAUUCACCCGAGCAGAACAGCUGGAGCAUCCAGAAGACCUGAAGGGUUUCAUAGAAGGGAGCCCAUACCUCAAGGAGCUGGCAGCCAAGUGUGGAAAUCGGUACAUCGGUUUCAGCAACAGAGCCACCGGGGAGGCGAGGGAUCGGCAGGUUGCAAAGCUCAUCAACAUGAUUGAUGCCAUGGUAGAGAAGAAUUGCAGUGCUCCGCGUUACACAGAGGAAAUGAUGGAUGAAGACACACAGGCGUUACGUGGAAACCUUUGUACCAUCCUGUAGGCAGCAAGGGGUCGGUCCCAGAGCAGGCACCUCCUCUGCUGUGCGUUCCUGCUGUCUCUAUGGGGCUCCGGGAGGCACGGUGUGUGGUGAUGGGCCUGAAGGAGCUGUCAAUAAACACUGAGCAUUGCUGUC